CGAUGUCAACGGUCAUUAACGGCCACAGGGAGGAGGAGCCCGCCCGAACGCACGCCCACACUCAGUCUCACCGCCCACAUGGCCACAUCUUGCCCAUGCUGAGUAUUAGUGCUUCUACGCCCACAGAUGAAGAGAAUCCUCUGGACACAGACCCGACGGUGAACGUCGACCUAACCCUGUGGGAGGCCCCCGAGCACGUGGUGGACGCGUCCCUGGCGACCGAGGCGAUGACGAGCACCUCCGACGACGACGAAGGAGACGACGGCCAGCAGCAGCCUCUUCUCAAUCGCCACCUUCAGGAGGACGCAGAAGACGACGACGGCGACGUAGGAGGACGAGGAGCACGUGACCCUGAGACCAUCCCCUUCAUUGACGUGAGUCGGUCGGGGACACUGCAGGACCACCAGCACGAGGACCUUCUCGACGAGGUGGAUGAGAAUGCCCCGCUUCUUGGGGGCGGUGCGGGUGGAGGAGGUGGAGGCGGAGGUGGAGGAGGAGGUGGAGGUGGUGGAGGACGAGGAGGAGGAAGAGGGGUUGGAGAGGGAGAUGGAUGGGGAAGUGGCGAUGGUGGUGGAGGCGACGGAAGCAGCGGAGGAAGUGGAGGUGGAAGAGGGAACGACAUGUGGAGCAGUGGAAGCGGUGGAUUGAGUCUGCCGGCCAGCAUGCCAAGAAGGUCCUCCUCGCACAUCGGCCUCACCAUGGAGAACGGCGUGGCCCACGGGGAGAUGGAGAGUACAAUCGCUUCGUUCUUGAGGUCGAGGUCGGAGUCUGAAAACCUCGCCUCCGCAGCGACGACGGCGAGCGCCCACGAGACAGAGAACCUCCUUGGCGACGACCCCCCGAGGCGCGACGACCCCCGCCUACUGGACGUGGCCAACCAGUUCGUGAGUGAGAUCAUCGCCCGCGCCAAGGAGGAAGCCACCAAGAAAGUGACAGCGGGCGAGAAGGUGCUACCGGGUCACGUGGAUGAGGCCAGGUCAGACGAGAGACUAAUGGAGAUGGUCCGCCGUUUUGUGUCUGAUAUAAUGACCAAGGCCAAGGCUGAGGCGUGGGACAGUAUGAGAGAGAUUCAGAACAAUAAUAAUAACGUCCUCUCGGAAAAGGACGAGGCCGCCGCCGCAGCAGCUGGAGGAGGAGCGACGGGCCUGGCUUCCCCUGGCAGCACCCCCGGCGAGAGGCUGUUCCGCCGGGGCCCCUGGUACGUGCAGAUGGGCAGGGUGUUCGCCACCUUCCUCUCCCGCAUCUGCCCCUGUCGCUGCCCGACCAAGCCAUGAGGGUUCGCCCCCGCCCUCUCUCUCCGCACGGCAGUUAACUCCGCGGGGGACUGGGUCUAGGGGGCACCACCAGCGAGAGGAUAUUGAGAUCAUUUCGGAUUCAUAUGGCCGAUGACCGAAUGAGUGUCUGUGGUCUUAUGAAAAAACAGCCGAGAGAAGAAAAAAAGAAAGCUGGUCUUUUUUUUGUGGGGGGGGGGGGGGGGGGAAAUAAUAAAUUCCGCGAUGAAGGUGCUUUUCGUUGCGCCUUGGGGGUGUGUUUUCCAGGCGAGGUCGACUUUUCAAAAACAAACCAGGAAAUGGGAGGAAAUGGCAAAGGCGCCUGGAUUUCGAGUUAGAGGUCGUAUUUUCCUUCUUUUUUUUCAUCGCGAACCGCAUGUUGAUAGUUAGAUAAUCACAGAGCGGUGUCUGUGGCAAUGAUAAAUCUUUCUAAAAUGGUUUGCGUUGCUGAUACUAACAAUACUGAACUGCUUAUGCCGUGUAUUGCCCCCUUAUAAUAAAUUUAGUCCGUCCUGAUUAGCCAUGCCGCUGAUUGGCCCUGGUAGUUGAAUAUGAAGUAUAUUAAGGAAAUCACGGAGUAAAAACGAAAAAAACUGCAGUAUAGUGAGCGAUAUGCGCUAUCCCGAGGACCUCGGUAUAACCACCAUAAGCCUAAGUCAGCAUCUCAACGUCCUAUUAUAUUCUGUUGACUUGCCCGGGCUCAAUUUUGCCUCAAUAUACAAAGGCGAAGGUUUUGUUGACCAGUCGGGGGAGAGAGGGGGGGGGGGUGUAGGAGGCGGCAGCUUCAUAAUAAAGACGGAUAUAGGGGCCAGAUCCCUUAUAAAUACGAUUCUGAUUCUUGUGUAAUAUUAACCCAUUUCAUCGUCCUUAUUACCACAUAUUUUAUUUUUACCUGCAAUUUCCUUGGUAUAUUCCAUGCAGUUCCAGCUCCCUAGACCUACAUCAUCUAAUCUGAUCAGCGCGGAUUUAAAACACUAAAGGACUCGACACACCAUCAGCACAUCGGUACUCGUUAACAUAGGCGACGCGGACCAUUUUAGUAAAAUUCACUGCGAUGACGUUAUUUUCAACCAGUAAUUCUUGUAAAUUAUAAUUAUAAAAUACAGACAAGAGAUACUCGAAGAAAAUAUGUAACACUGGUACUCUUUUCUUUACGUUUUUUGACACGUAGAAGGACCCAUUAGUAUGUACUAAAGAAGUAGUUUCCAAACUGUGGCCCAAUUUACAAUUUAUUUGCGGGUCUGAGGUAAUAAACAAGCGGGUCAAAGAAAGAAAAAGGGGAAAGAAGAAGAAAACUACUUGAUACUGGUUUUUAUCAAACACUUCUAUUCCGAUAUUAUAACUCCUUAAAUAAAUUUUUACACAUAGCAGAUUUAUGUAGACACACACACAGAGAGAGAGAGAGAGAGAGAGAGAGAGAGAGAGAGAGAGAGAGAGAGAGAGAGAGAGAGAGAGAGAGAGAGAGAGAGAGAGAGAGAGAGAGAGAGAGAGAAUGAAUUAACAGUGAAAUAUCUAAAUUCAAAAACUAGUCCCGUGACACGAGUAGUUAGUAACGCCACUAUUCAUUUGUUU